UGAAACAAAAGUUGAUGAGGAAUUGUUUCUCGUUUGUUGUUUUGUGUGGAAAAUAAGAAAUGAUGACGCUUUCCUUUUCCUUUUCCUUUUCUUUUUCUUUAUGAAUCCGUCCUUCUCCAUGCUUUUUAUCUAUUUCUUGCUAUCAAUUUCUCUGCUACUACUAGUCUGUUUACUGGUGCUAAGUUUUACCAUCACCAUCCACCAACCCCUCUCUCUCUAUCUCUCUCUCUCUCGAGUCCCCAGCCAGCCAGCCAGCCAGCCUAUCCCCACCACUUCCACCGGCCUAGGUCUGCUGCUCUUGCUGCUGGGGCCUUGUUUCUUUCUUUCUUUUUAUUUUAUAUUUCUUGCAAAAUUCAUUGUUAUUAAGCUUAAUUAAGCUUUAUUGGGGUGUUGGGUUGUGUUGGGCUUUAAUCACCUUUAUUCAUUAUUUCCUACCAAAAUUGACCACCCCAGAUUCCCCCAACCUCACUUCAAAAUUCAAUGGUAUAUGCAUCUCCACCCCAUCUCAAGCUCGGGUUUUUUUAUUUCUAGGGUUUUUCUUUCUUUUCACUAUCUUUCUAUUUCGGGUUAAUACUACUAUUUCUACAUUGAAUUGGAUUGAAUAAUUUGUGAUUGAUUGAUGGCGUAUCAGAGUUCUGGGUCGAGUUCCAGUCCCUCUGGAUUCCAAUUCCCCAAUUCCAGUUCCCCUUUUGGUGACACCACCUACACCAAGGUCUUUGUUGGGGGGCUCGCCUGGGAGACGCACAGCGACACCAUGCGCCGCCAUUUCGACCAGUUCGGCCAGAUUCUCGAGGCCGUCGUUAUUAUUGAUAAGAACUCCGGCCGAUCCAAAGGUUAUGGCUUUGUGACUUUCCGCGAACCAGAGGCCGCUGCUCGGGCCUGUGCUGAUCCAACUCCAAUUAUCGAUGGCAGGCGCGCUAAUUGUAAUUUGGCUUCACUCCGGCAGUCCAGGCCACCUAUGCCUUAUGGACGUCCAAGACCAGCUUCUCCAUACAUUGGAGGCGUGCAAGCUACCCGUGGGGCUUACAUUGGAGGAUAUGGCUACCAGCAGCCUCUUUCUUACAACUAUCAACAAGGAUUAGUUUAUCCUCCAUAUGGUGCGUGCAAUUCAAAAUAUGCAAUGCCAUGUAGAUUUCCAAAAUCAGGAGACGAAAAAGUGAUAGUUGCAGAGGAUAUGUGCCCAGAUCAAUGUUUAUUGAACAGGUAUGCAACAUAUGGACCUGACUACGCUUAUUCACAGGUCAGUAAUGCUAUUAAAUGGCAGCAUGAGGGUUUAUACAACCCCUAUGUGGGUCAGCAAUAUCUUCAAAUAUACGGACUUCCAGGGACAGCUAAUACUUCUCAUUAUCCUUAUGAACAACUGGGUCAAACCAUUCCUGGUGGUCAGGGUUAUCCAACAGUUCACGGAUAUGCAAUGCCUGCUCAGCAGAUAAUCCAGUUUGGUGCACCCAGUGUUAAUGCAGUCACAACUUCCCCAGUCCCUCAAGUUCAAGCAGCAUAUCCUGCAGGUAUGGUAGCAAGUGUUGUGGCACAACCACAUUUUAUAUUAUCUGCUCCUCCUCAAUAUAUGCAGGGUAGUGGUUCUGAGCAGAGAGCUGGGUGAGGGGUUGAUUAAGGUAUUCUUAGAUUGCAGCAGGACUAAAAGAAGCAAAACUGCUAAUUAAGCGGCAGGCUUCAGGUCGAGCCUUGGAAAUUUUAUUUUGCAUUCUAGAGGUCAUACAUAGUCAUGGUCACCAGAGAAGUCAGAUGUCAGUGUCACUCCAGAUGGCAUAGAAGGAUGGAGGAUGCCAGCUGCUCUUCCCUCCCAGUGCGACAUUAAUCCUCGGUGCAUCUAAACCCGUGUUACUCAGGAAAAGUGGCAGGUUGUCAUGGAUUGGUGGGUGCUAGAAGCAGGUUUCUAGCAGCCAGAUAGGACUAAAACGAGUCUGAAAAAACAUGUUAGAAUCAACAUAUGAUUCUUUUAUAGUCUGCCUUGUCCCGGCAUUUUGGGUGUAUAGUCUGGUGUCACGUGUUGGUGGGCGGCCCAUCACACGCGUAAUGUCAUUCAGGUAUUUGUGCAUACUAGUUAUAGGAUUUUCAUUCAACUCGGAAAAUCCUGUAAUUUAGAGAGUUAAGAGUGCCUGGCUUCAGAAGGGGAGAAGCUUCAGGCAUGUUCUGUUUAUUUGGAAAGAACAAUUUUUGGGUGUAUUAUACAUAUAUAGUAAAACAGUGUCUCGCCUAUUGAUCCUUAUGAUUUGAACGAUAUGCUUGUUUGUAUAUCAUUUGAAAGAUUGCUCGUUAUGUUA